AUGAAUUCUUCCAAGAAAAAAAUAAAUGGUGACAAUACUACAACUAGUCAUAAAAAAACUUCAAAGUUAACGAACAAAGGUGAUUUAAAUCCAUCUAUUAAAUCAGUAAACGAUAGAGAUAUUAAAAUAAAAGAUGAAAUCGAUGAAAUAUUUUCAAAGGCGAGAAAUAAAGUAAUUAUUCCUACAACUUCAUCUACUUCUUUAACGGAGGUUUUGACAUCAUCAACCGUCAUUGAUUCUUCAACAAAAGAAAAAGAAAAAUCUUUAAAUGAUAAAGAAUUUGAAUUCAAAGUUCCAGCUAUACCAGAUAAGUCGAAAAAAAGAAAAUUGCAAGAAAAUGAUUUAAAAAUCAUUCCUUCAUCUUUAAGUGCCUCUUCGGCAACAAACACACCUUCGACGGAAGAAUUUGUAUUCAAAGUUCCAGCUAUACCCGAUAAAUCAAAAAAUAAAAAACUACGAGAAAACGAUACUGAUGGAUUUAGCGACUCGAGGGGCACAAAGAGCCAUGGAUUUGUUAUCUAUGAUAUUAAGGAGCUAAAUCUUGGUAAUGGUGGAGGUAUGAUAUCCAUUUAA